UGCUGAAUUUAAUGAGUGGAUGAACGAAGAAGACUACGAGAUAUCUGAUUCAAAAUUGACUGUUGAAGAACAAUCUGGUAUUUCAGAAUCAGAAGCUUCACCAUCACACAAACGAACCUUGGAUUCUUUAGAAUCACCUUCGAACAUGGAUGUUGAUGUUCGCCCAACAACUGAUGCCAAGCGUCCGAGAUUAAGAUCACCAGACCAUGACGCCGUACCAGAACACCCAAAUAUGUCACUUGUAGAUAUUGAACAAGAAGCAUCACGUGUAGGAGGAAUUCGUACGAGGAAAAACGAAUUUGAUCCCGUAAUUGGUGGGGAAAUUUCGAAUAUUUCACAAUUAGUUCCACCAGAAAGAACUACCAAGGAAGAUACACAGCAGGAUCUUGAAGAUCCUGAAGCUAUAGACGAGAAUGUAGACACAGAUAAUGUAACGUCAGACAUGGAAGGUGUUCGAAUUCCCGCAAACAAUAAUAACAUUGACGUUGAGAUGACCGAACAAGAGCAAAAUAAUAUGUCCAGUGGACGUACCGAGCAUAAAGUUUCGCCUAAUUCUGCAGCAAAAGAGUUGGACGAAGACGAAAACAUGACAACUACAGACGAUAACAGGCAGAUAGAAGAUGAUGCGAAUGAACCUUUAUCUGAUACCGUUAUCCCACAAGAGGUCCUUUCUGCCAAUGAUGAAGACGAAAAGAAAAGACUUGAAGAAGAGGCCCGUAAAUAUUUAUCAGAACAAACACAAGAAAUUGUGAUUCCUUCGUACUCUGCGUGGUUCAAUAUGUCAACCGUUCAUCCUAUUGAGAAAAAAUCCUUGCCAGAGUUUUUCAAUAACAGAAACAAAUCGAAAAAUCCCAGUAUAUACAAAGAAUAUAGAGAUUUUAUAAUAAAUACUUAUCGCCUCAAUCCUGGAGAAUAUCUGACAGUCACAGCCUGUCGUAGGAAUUUGGCUGGUGAUGUGUGUGCGGUUAUUCGUUUACAUGCUUUUUUAGAACAAUGGGGUUUAAUUAAUUAUCAAGUUGAUCCAGAUACCCGACCAUCCCCAGUUGGGCCUUCUUUUACAGGACAUUUUCGUAUCACAGCAGAUACACCAAGAGGACUUCAACCUUUUCAACCACUUGGACCUUCGGCUGCCUUAUCGAGUUCUGUUGCGACCACGUCUACAGUUAACACAGCAGUUGGUAUCACUACUGAAUCAUCUGUUACUGCAAAUCUAAAAGUAGAUAAAGUUUUUGGUCUUCGCCAAAAUGUUUAUCAAUCCGGAAUGAAUACAGCUGCCACUCCGGGCUCACAAGAUGAAACUGGUAGUGUUGCUGCUGAUUCAGGAUCAAAUGAACAAAAACAAUACAAUUGUGUUACAUGUGGUGUUAGCUGUAAUCGUGUUCGUUAUCACAGUGUAAAGACUCAAAAUUUUGAAUUAUGUCCAAAUUGUUAUUUGGAAGGACGAUACCCUACAUCAAUGUAUAGUGGUGACUUUUUGAAAAUGGAGGAAACACCGUUCAAGCACGCACAAGAUGAUGACUGGACAGAGCAAGAAAAUUUAAGCCUUUUAGAAGGUGUAGAGUUAUAUGAAGAUGAUUGGAAUAAAAUUUCUGAACAUGUUGGCACUCGAACUCGGGAGCAAUGUAUUUUACACUUUUUGGAAUUCCCAAUUGAAGAUCCUCUUAAUGAAACUAAAAUGUCAGAUCUGGGACCACUUCAGUAUCAACGUAUACCUUUUAGUCAAGCGGAUAAUCCUGUUAUGUCAGUGGUUGCUUUCUUAGCGUCAGUAGUUAAUCCAGGCGUCGCAGCAGCAGCAGCAAAGUCUGCGUUGAAAGAACUAUCCAUUCACAACAAAAAAUCUGCAAACAAAGAAAUAAAUGGCGUCAACGGAAUAAGAUCCGGUGAUCCAAGUGAAACAGCUGCAAGUACACCAAUGAAUGAUGUUAAAAAUAAUGAUGAAAUGGAUACAGAAGGAGCAACUGAGCUGAAACCAGAUCCAGAACAGACUCCAGAAGAAGCAACGACCUCUGAUUCUACUGUUCCUCGUCCAAAAUUAUUAGAAAGAGCUGGAGCAACAGCAAUGGGAGCGGCAGCUGCGAAGGCAAAAGUACUUGCAGACUAUGAAGAACGAGAAAUUCAACGCCUUGUCAACGCAGUCAUUGAAAACCAGUUGAAAAAGCUUGAGCUUAAACUUCAGCAAUUUGAAGAAUUAGAAAAUGCACUUGAGAACGAAAAGAAAGAACUAGAGAAACAACGUCAAUUAUUGUACAAUGAACGUUUAGCAUUCAAAAAAAACACUAUAAUGAUGCAGGAGCAAUUAAGAAAUGCACAAGCUGGCAAUAGCGGACCAAAACCUUCAACAAGUGGGCAUGGUUAUCUAAAUUCAAGCAAUAGUCGGAUUAUAUCAAAGAUUGAAUUUCAACAGCAACAGCAGAUUCGUCAACCAGUCGGACCAUUAAGUCAAGAGCAAGGAAACGAGGAUCCU